GUUUGCAAAAAAAACGUGCAAGAAUGAAGGGCUUGUUUUGCUACUGAACAUUUAAAUAUAUAUAUAUAUAUAUUUGUGUUGUUGUUUUUUUUUUUUACACCUACAAAGCUUAUCAUCAAUAAGGACUCAGAAUGCCAGGCUUUGAGUUGGAGCAGAUUGAUGGAGAAAGAACUUUCAUUGACGUGCCACAUGGAGACACUGUGAUCGGGAGAGGACCGUUUCUGGGGGUGAGUGAUAAACGAGUGUCCAGGAACCAUGGGAUUCUGGAGAAUGUGAACGGACAGCUGCGUCUCAAACCCACGCACGUGAACCCGUGUUUCUUUCAGACGUCUGUGGACGCGUCGCCGCAGCCGCUAGAGAAGGACAAGUGGCACCUGCUGAAGGACGGCGCCGUCUUCUCUCUGCUCCCAGGGACAUACAUGUACAGAGUGCGUGUUGUAGCGGAGGGACGGACACCCAGGAACAGUCAGGGUUUCGAGGAAGAGGAGACGGAGAUGGAGUCCGAGACGGAGCAGAACUCUAAAUCCUCACGAUCGUGUGAGGAGACGCUAGCGUACACUCCUCAGACCAAACACUGUCCGUCUUUCACCUACGAGGCGGCCGCGAGAGACGAGCCGCACACGGCGGACACUGCCGCAUGCGAUCAGGUUGGUGCAGAUUUUCGUUCUUCUUGUAAAUCGGACGAUCCUGACCCUCCGACGCCUCGUAAAACCAGAGUUCUUCCUGCUUGGAUGAAGGCCGUUGCUCCUGCAGCCCUGAACACAUCACCAGUGAAAGCAGUGAAACGAGCUCCAGCACGCGCAGACCGAAACACUCACACAGGACCCAAACGACCCCGGGCAAGGCUACCUUCAUCAUCAGGAGACGAGGAAGAGGAGAAAGGGGUUGACGAGGCUAAGGAGGAAGGAUGUAGCAAAGCCCCCAGUAAGAGAGCGAGGAAGCUUCAAAGUGACACGGAGGAGAGCCAGGACCAGGCUGAGGCUCCGGUGUCGAUGUCCAGCCCAGACAUCUCACAAGAGGACGAAGACACGAACCCAGACAAAGCAGCGCAGAAAACAGACAAACAGGAAAAGGAUGAAGAAAGCAAGAAAACUGACGGCGGUCAGACGUCUAAAGCUGGAGGCUCAACCUCAAGGCCAGAAAGCUCCAGAAACUCGCAGACAAACCUGCAGCAGAAGGUUAAAGUUCAGCGCAGGACGCCAUGUCCCUACGGCACUUCCUGUUACAGGAAAAACCCCAUCCAUUUUCAGGAGUGCAGUCACCCCGGAGACGACGACUACGAGGAAGAGCACAUCGCAGACGAGGAAGCUGACGAUCGUCCGGAGUGUCCGUACGGCACAGACUGCUACAGGAAGAAUCCUCUCCACAAAAAAGAGUACAAACACACUAAACCUCCAGCAAGGACGACCGCACCGGCGAACGACGAAGACGAAGAUGAAGACCAAUACGAGAACAGCUUCAUUAACGACGACAGCGAGGAAGAGGACGUGGUCGAGGAUCCGGACUACGUUCCCGAGUCGGAGGACAGCGAGAAAGAGGACAUUAAACAGCUGCAGAAGGAAGCCAAAGCUUUUCUCCAGAAGAGAAAAUAACUAGAGAUCUUCUGCUCAGUUGUUCUCCAGGCUGAUCGAAUCAAAUGAGUCUGAAGAUGUCAAUUGUCUGAGUUAGGGUGGAUGUGUGGGGUCAUAGAUCUGCAGGAAGGAACGUGAAUCGUCUGUAACGUCAGCAUCACAACAACUGAAUGUAUUUUCCAAAGCACUUCCAAAUUUCUAUCACUACGUUUUCCAGAGGUUUCGCAGGAUGGACGUUUGGGUCUCGGGUCAGUCCGUGUAACGUCUGGCCUCUGGAACGACUCAAACUCAGGGAUAAAUGUCAUCUCUGUUGAUUUUUAGAAUUUUUUACAAUUUGUUUACACCAGUUGUCGCUCAAAGGGGGGUUUGUGGCUGUGAAGUUUAUAAUAUCAGGACAAGAAUGUAGUUGUGUAACACUUUCAUGUAGAGUUUUUACUCCUGCGUGGUUCAGGCAGAACAUUGUAGAGAGUUUAUUUUUGUUUUUAAACAAAUGUUCUUACUUUGUGCUUCUUUAGUAAACUUUUAUCCAAGAA